ACCUCUUCUGAAGACGGUUGCACAGAACCUCUCCAUUAUCAACAUCUGCCAUUAGACAGUUGCCAUGAAGUCAGUAGCUCAGAGAGAUGAAAGACCCUUGAGCUUUGAGCAAAUACUGUAGAUAGACUACACUUCAAACCAGUUACAGUGUGAGGGCUUCCUGUGUGUUCCUUUUGGAGGUUUGUGCAGUGAAGUUAUGUUCCACCCUCAGUUCGUUCUGAACGACCGUUAUCGACUCACCAGAUCUGCAGUGUUUCUCACUGAGUUUCUCCCCAGGUGUCAUAGAGUUGGUUGCCUUUUUCAGUUUCUCAUCCCUCCCUUGGUCUCCGGGCCCUGCAUCCUCCGCCAAAGACACUGGAAAAUCGCUUCCCGGAACAGAUUCCAUGUCUACUUCCUGGCGGCUUCUGGCCAGGACUCUGGGCAUCCUGGCCCUGGCCCUCUUAGCAUCUGUGCUAGCACUGGGGAUCCUCAUAACAAACUACUCUUCUGGCCAAGGACCCGAGAGCCCUUUUUCAGUUCCCAACAUCACAACCCAAAAAGGCUGCUACUCUGGCUCUUGCCCAGAGAACUGGAUCUGGAACAGAGGGAACUGUUAUUACCUUUCUAGAGAAGUCAAGACUUGGCCAGGGAGUCAAAAUGCUUGUCGAAGUAUGAAUUCCAGUCUCCUGAAGAUAGAAGACAGGGAGGAGUUGCAAGAUUUUCUGAAACUUCUGAAGUCUUAUUACUGGACUGGAUUGUCUCGGACUGGCUCUGAUGGACCCUGGCUGUGGGAGGACGGAGCUGGUCUCUCCCAUGACCUGUCUGUGCAAGACAUUUUCUCUAAUGAACGCUGUGCGAAUUAUCAUCCACAGAAAGAUGAAUUUUCAUCUGAAGAAUGUCUCCGGUCAUUUUCAUAUAUUUGUGAGCUAAGAGCUAUAUAGACUUAAAAAUGCUUACCUUGAAAUAAUGUUAUUAAACAAUUACAUUUCAGGACAUCCUA